AUGGAUGUGGCACAAGCAGUAGCCGGCUAUGUCUCUCGCAUGAUAUCUUCGGCCGAUUCUUCAUCCCAGUCGGCGAAGAUGAAGGUCCUUUUGCUGGAUCGCGAAACGGUGCCCAUUGUGUCCACAGCCAUCACUCAGUCAGCGUUGUUGAACCAUGAGGUCUACCUCAUCGAUCGAAUCGACAACGUGAACAGGGAGAAGAUGCGCCAUCUUCGUUGUCUUUGUCUUGUUCGGCCGUCCCCUGAAUCGAUCCAACUCCUAAUCGAUGAAUUACGAGAACCCAAGUAUGGCGAGUAUCACUUGUACUUCACCAACGUGGUCAAGAAGUCUUCGCUCGAGAGGCUUGCCGAAGCCGACGACCACGAAGUCGUUAAGCUUGUCCAGGAGCACUUUGCAGACUUCAUUGUCAUCAACCCCGAUCUAUUUUCACUUGGUCUCGGCCUUCCCCAUCAGCGUGUCUGGGCGAGCAGCCCAGACACUUGGAACUCCGACGCUCUUCAGAGAAGUGCCGACGGGCUCAUUGCCGUACUUCUCGCUCUGAAAAAGAAGCCUUUGAUAAGGUAUGCCAAGAACAGCCCACUUACAAAAAAGCUGGCAACAGAGGUGCGAUAUCGCAUCACACAAGAGGAACAGCUUUUCGACUUUAGAAAGGUGGACACGCCUCCUAUUCUUCUCAUUAUCGACCGGCGUGAGGAUCCUGCAACACCACUGCUUACCCAGUGGACCUAUCAAGCCAUGGUACAUCAUCUACUCGGCAUCACCAACGGCCGGGUUGAUCUUAGUGAUGUGCCGGAUAUUCGUCCAGAGCUCAAAGAAAUUGUCUUGUCCCAGGAUCAGGACCCUUUCUUCAAGAAGAACAUGUAUCUCAACUUUGGCGACUUGGGCGGGAACAUCAAGGACUACGUCGAGCAGUAUCAGUCCAAGACUCAGAACAGCGCAAACAUCGAGUCGAUUUCGGAUAUGAAGCGCUUCAUCGAGGAGUAUCCCGAGUUCCGUAAGCUCUCCGGGAAUGUUAGCAAACACGUCACUCUGGUGUCGGAGCUAAGCAGGCGCGUUGGGGCGGAAAACCUGCUUGAGGUGAGCGAGCUUGAGCAGAGCCUUGCGUGUAACGACAACCACGCAACCGAUGUAAAGAACAUCCAAAAGCUCAUACAGUCUCCCAGGGUUACAAGUGAUAGCAAGGUUGGCCUCGUUGCUCUCUAUGCAUUGAGAUAUGAGCGAAACCCCUCGAAUGCACUUCCCAUGCUUGUCGACCUCUUAGUGGCAGCUGGCGGCGUUUCGGUACGGCGAGCAGAUCUUGUGUCGAAGCUGGUGACAUAUCGUUCCACGCUACAACAGUCUCAGACCCAAACAGGCAUCACGGAUAUCUUUGAGGGAGCCGGCAUUUUCGGAGGGGCUGGCAACCGAUUUAAGGGACUCAAGGGCGUCGAGAAUGUGUACACCCAGCACAGUCCUAUGCUGGAGAGCACACUCCAGAACCUGAUUCGUGGAAGGCUCAAGGAGCAACAGUAUCCCUUUGUCGAGGGUGGAGGCACCACUCGGGACAAGCCUCAAGAUAUCAUUGUUUUCAUUGUCGGCGGCGCUACGUAUGAGGAGGCCAAGACGGUUGCAACAAUCAACGCAAGUACGCCUGGCGUGCGCCUAGUUCUUGGGGGUACAACGAUCCACAACUCAGCAACGUUUCUAGAGGAAGUUGAAGACGCCGUAUCAUUGUGGCCUGAGACUCAGAAACCAGCGGCGCGGCGAUAG